AUUAAAUGAGAUACCAUAUAUUAAUAAAACUUCAGAUAGUUUUAUUUUUUCAUUUACUGACCAAUCAAACCCAAUAUUGAGUAGAGUAAUUGUAAGAAAAAAUGACAAGGCCAUUUGGAGUGAUAAAUAUCAUGGACCCUGUUUUGGAAAUUUCGAUUUAUGCAUGCAAUCAAAUCAUGGAAUCAGUAAACGUAAUGAUUAUUAUUGUAAAAUAACCAAUUUACACCAGUUUACUGUUAAAGAAUAUGAAGUUUUAGCAUUUGAGGAUUCUAAUUCUAGAGAAAAUGUAGCUUUAAAAAGAAUACAGGA